GACUUAUGUCAGAACAUUCAAAACAAGUCCAAAGAAAUAUCUUAAAACAAACUAUGUUUUCUGUCGCCAAUUUCAUCACAGUGAAUAUUCGGUCAUAAGUUUUAACAAAAAGUAAAAUGCAGUAAAAAGGAACUAGUUGUAUACAUCGUUAAUGUUUACAAAUAGAAUUCUAAUCCACUAAACGAAACUAAUUUCAAAUUUUGUUCAAAUUGAUAUAAAUUUCAAAAUAAACUUAGAAACUAUCUCACACCAUGUGUGAUUGGAAAAUGCGGCGGGAAGAAGUCGCAAGACUAAUUUCUUUAUACAGAGAAAGUAAAUGUUUAUGGGAUUACAGGAGCAGCGAAUAUAAGCGCACUGACUUAAAGAGGGAAUCUUGGCAGAAUUUAUCAGACAUUUUUGGCAGACCAGUUGACGAAAUCAAAAAGAAAGUUAAACACUUGCGUUCCUCUUAUGUUAGCGAAAAGAAAAAAUGUGAUGAAUACUUUGGAGUCUUACCAUCAUACCGGCCCAAUCUAUUUUAUUAUGAUGAUAUGACUUUCUUAGAUCCUAUAAUAGUCUUGAGGAAAAUGCCAAAAUUUGAAAAAUUUGAAAACGCAGAUUCAUUAAUUGAAUUUAGCGAACAACCCAUAGAAAACACUAUUAGCGAACAGUAUGUAACUGAAGAAGUUGUAGUGUCUCCCCCGCGUUUAUCUCCUCAAAGGCCGGUUGAGUCACAACAGAAACCAAUAAAAAAACAUAAGCGGCUAGCUCCGUACUAUACAAAGUUAAAUGCUGCAGUUAACACACUUGCUGAGGCCACAAAAUCCACCUCUGAGGAUUCGAUAUACACAUCGUUUGGAAGAACGAUAGCACUGCAGUUAGGUCAGCUAUCGCCACUGGAAGCAACCGCUGCCAUGUCCGAUAUACAUCAGAUUUUAUCGAAAAAUGUUAUAAAGUCAAUGAUGUCCAAAAGCAGAGGGAUGUCUAGCGGGGGAAUCAGAAGAGAUAGUGGGGUGAUAGGGCAACCAGAAACAAAAUUUUCUGAUUUAAUAGAGACUGUGGAACACGAAUUGGAGGAAGACGAUGAAACAGCUGAGUUUGAUGAGUCUUUAUAAAAGAAUUUAUGUUUUUUAAGAUUAAACUGUUAAAUUAAAACAAAAUCUAAUAUUAUGUUUA